UCAUGUGACAGCGCAUCAACGCGCUUGCGUAAAGAAAUACAAGAUGGCGGAGAGUGCGGAACUGAAGCAAAUGGUGAUGAGCCUGCGGGUGUCAGAACUACAGGUGCUGCUGGGCUACGCUGGCCGCAACAAACACGGACGCAAACAUGAGCUGCUGACCAAGGCCCUCCACCUGCUGAAGGCCGACUGCAGCCCCGCCGUACACAUGAAAAUCAAAGAGCUCUACAGAAGACGCUUUCCUGCUAAAAUGGUGUCCCACUCAGAGUUGGCCUUGUCUGGACCCCACCAUCCUGCCACAGCUGGAAUGGUCGGAGGAGGGGGCGCAGCCCUGCCUGCUGGACUCACACAACUGGCCUAUGAGGGUCACGCGGGUCAUGGUGGAGCCCCGUCACCUGCCGCCCUCCUGCCUCUGUCACUGCUCGGCCCUGGGAAGCAUGAGCUGACUGGGCUGUCGCACCAUCUACCCACGUCAGCUUCACUGCAUCCGGUCCAUCCAGAUGUCAAGCUCCAGAGACUGCCCUUCUACGACAUGCUGGACGAACUGAUCAAGCCCACAAGUCUAGCGUCGGACAACAGUCAGCGGUAUCAGGAGACGUGCUUCGCCUUCGCAUUAACGCCACAGCAAGUCCAGCAGAUCAGCAGCUCCAUGGACAUCUCGGGGACCAAAUGUGACUUUUCAGUUCAAGUCCAGCUACGGUUUUGCCUGUCGGAGACGAGCUGUCCUCAGGAAGACCAUUUUCCACCUAAUCUGUGUGUGAAGGUCAACGGGAAACCGUGCAACUUACCGGGUUAUCUUCCUCCAACCAAAAACGGUGUGGAACCCAAACGUCCCAGCAGACCCAUCAACAUUACCUCACUGGUCAGGUUGUCCACCACUGUUCCCAACACCAUUGUGGUGUCAUGGACAGCUGAGAUUGGAAGGGUGAGAACUAGUUACUCCAUGGCGGUGUACUUGGUUCGACAGCAGUCGUCCACGGUCUUGUUGCAGAGACUGCGAGCAAAGGGCAUCAGAAACCCAGACCACUCCAGAGCACUCAUCAAGGAGAAGCUGACAGCAGACCCAGACAGUGAAAUAGCCACGACCAGCCUGAGGGUGUCACUGCUCUGCCCGCUGGGGAAGAUGCGACUGAUGAUCCCAUGCCGGGCACUGACAUGCUCCCACCUGCAGUGCUUUGAUGCCACACUAUACAUCCAGAUGAACGAGAAGAAACCCACCUGGGUCUGUCCUGUCUGUGACAAGAAGGCCCCGUAUGAACACCUCAUUAUAGACGGUCUCUUUGUUGAGAUCCUUAACAGCUGCAUGGACUGUGAUGAGAUCCAGUUUAAAGAGGAUGGCAACUGGGCCCCCAUGAGGUCAAAAAAGGAAGUGCAGGAAGUCUCUUCUGCCUCCUACAACAACGGGCUGGAUGGUUCCUGUAGAACGUCUUCAGUCUCCGACCAGCAGAGCUCCUCCUCCUCACCCAGCCACAGAGACGGCAACAGCGGCGGCAAGAAAGUGGAGGUGAUCGACCUGACACUGGACAGCUCCGACGAUGAUGACGACGAUGACGACGAAGCACAGCACACGCAGCCGCCGCCCCCUCCUCCUGCCCCUCCUCUACGUCCUCCUUCAGUCAAUAGAGCUUGUCCCUCCAUGUCUCCCACCUCGCCGCCCAUUAUCAACAAAGGGGUGUUGAACCUUCACCACCAGGCCUCUCCCGUGAGCCGCACUCCGAGCAUGCCGGCGUUGGACACCAGCUACAUCCCACCUGUCCCCCCACUCAUCCAGGACUACAGACCCUACUACCACACCCCCAGCGACCUGUCAGAGUUGAACUUCUUUUCUUUUCUUCAAGGGGACAGUCAUCAGCAUUACAACAUGGUGAUGGCCGCAGCCGCCGCCGCGUCGGCGUCCGAGGACCACGAGUUGCUUCUUAACCGCUUCCUGCCCUACAGCACCUCCUCCUCCUCCUCCUCCGCCGCCUCACAGCUUUUCCUAGACCAAUCAGGAAGCUCCCCGGCCACCUCGCUAAUCGCGCAGACCAACGGGGCGAGCAGCUCAGGCAGCAACAGCAGCCUGGUGUCGUCCAGCAGCCUCCGCGACGCACACUUGACGCACUCGUCCUCGCACUCCAGUUUACACACCCACCCGGGCGUGGUGUCCAGCCGGAGCAGCGCCGAAGCAGCAGUGGCAGCUAUUUAUGGAGGGAUACCUGACGUCAUAUCGUUGGACUGACUGGAGAAGAGUGGAGUCUUCACUUUGUGUUCAGCUCUGAGCAAGUGAGGAUCCCACUCCCUAGAAGAAGACCCCCGACCCCCCAGAGUGAAGUCAGAGACGGACCCCCAGGUCCUUGGACUCCAGAUGUUCGUGGCGUGGCGAUGAGAAGACUGCCUCAAGAACAGCACCAACAGAAGGAGUCGUUGGCCAGACUGAAGGUUCCCUCCACCACACUGACCUGAGAACAGUGAGGAGUCAUCAUUAGCAGGGUCAGCUGGUGGACUGACUCCAGGUCAGUAACCUGUGCAGCCUGCCUCUAGUGGUUCCACCGGGUUCCUACGGCGCAGACUCGGCCUGAGAGGAGGACGUCUUUUUUUUUUCUUUUCUUUUCUUUUUUUUUUUACAAGGACUGACAGCGUGUACAGAGAACAAAAUAUAUUUUCUUCUUUUAACUUUUAUAUGUAAAUCCAGACUUUUUAAGUAAAGUGAGCUGCUUUAAUGCUAUUUUAAGUGGAGGACUGAAGGGUUUUUUAUGUCCUGAGAGGCUUACGUCUACACCUUUUGCCAAAUCGUUUGUUUCCGUCUUCUCUUCUUUUACCUACGUCCUGUUUAAAUUAUUCAUUUCCGUUUCUGCAGUAGAACUUUUAUCUUCCUGUCUCUGUCUCUGUAGUUCGAUUCCCCCGUUAUCUACUGCCUUUCCAAAAAAAAAAAAAAAAAAAGUAACCACUUUGAGGCACUCAGAGGUCGGUGAUGUCUCAGUGUUUGUCACUGUCCGAAGGUUUCGGUUUCUACAUCCAGUCUGAACACUGAGUUGAUCUGACGACUUAAACCUCUGUUGGUCAUGGUGUGGUCUAUGGUGUGGUCUAUGAACUGGACAUGAGGACAGUGAACCAGGCUGUAAAGACAGUGAAGGUUGAACAGUGUGUCUCCAACUUCAAGGUGAAACCUUUGUCAGGUGCUGGGACUUCAUACACACUGAUCUGAUUCUGUCAUCACGAAGCACCAAAAGUGUCACAAAUAUAAACCAGGAACAAAUGUUCCAGCCUUGUACCAACUCACAGGAACCAUGUUGAGCCCCAGGGGGCGUCUUGUACCUCCUCAACUGAGUCCUAAGUCUGUGGGGGAGCCAAAAAAAAGAUGCACAAUUUUUAGAAAACAAUACAGAAACAAACCAAAAUAUUGUUUAUUUACAGUUUUUUUUCUAGAAAGGCAGUUUAUAUAUUCAUCUAUUUUUCAUUUCAUUUCUGGAUCUUUAGUCCAUUCUUUCCACCUCAUACAUCAGCAAACUGAAACAGCAAACUUUUUAUUUAUACCUGGCAGUUUAAAUGUUGACUGUUUCUUUUUUUCACCCCUUUUUUUUGCACAAUGCCAAAAACCUACGGUACGUUAACAAUAACUCAUAGUUUGCAGUCACGUGUCACUGCUCAUUCACACACACACACACACACACUCUGCUUCUGCUGAUUGUACUGUGACGGUCAGACCCGUGGUUUUCUCCGACAUGUUUCCGACGCCUUCAGUCAUGGCUACCUAUAAACCAGUGCCUGUGUGCGUGUGCGUCACACGCUGUGUUGAAUCGACGUUAAAACCACGU